UCUUUACCAUAAAGCAAGCAUGCUAGCUAGCUAGCAACAAGUUUUACAGCCAAUACAUCAGCUCAGCUAGCUAUUAUAUAAACAAUGGUAGUAUACAGAGCGCAGAUGCUUGCACUAUUGCUAGCCCUAUCGCUAUGCACCCUGAGGGUGAAGACCCAGCCUCCAAGCCCAAGCCCAAGAUUCCCCCUCCUAACCAGUUGCCUAGCAAACACCACAUACAACAGGUUGAGCUGUAUCUCCUGCGACACAAACAUAACAGUGGACCCAGUGAAUGGAGACAAUUGUAGCCAGUUAAAUGAAAACUUGAGUGGCCAUACAUGCACAGAGUUGGAAGAUGUGAUUCAAAGCCUUUCAAUUAAAGACACCUUCCACACGCCCUCUGGGUGUAUUGAGGUGACCGUACUGCCUAAGGCUGCUGGUGAAGCAUACACUGUGUUUGAUGAUCCGAAUCGAUUGAUUAGACAGAACGUUGUGUUUACUGGAGGCAGCUCACAACAGCAUGCCCGAGUGGUGUUCAUUGACCAGGGAGGAGGGGCUAUGGGAGGGGGAGGAGGGGCUAUGGGAGGAGGAGGAGGGGGUGUGCCGUAUGCCCUGAGGUUCAGUAACAGUGACCUGGUUGGUAUCACUGGACUAGAGGUGAUUGGAAAUACUGGCAGGAUCGGGGUGGAGGAUGUCAAUACAGUCGUCAUAGAAAACAGUGUAUUUCAGUACUUCAGUGAGGGUGCUCUGGACCUGUACAACUGUCCCACUGUGCUAGUGAGUGAGAGCCAGCUGCUCCACAACGGCCCCUUCACCUCAGGCAAUCUGUUAGAGUACAGGGGAGACUCAGCUGGACUCUCAGUCGCUAUCAACCCUACUACCCCCGGUCCUCCCCUUCAGCUAUAUAUUUACAACUGCACGUUUCGUAACAACUCUGUGGGGGUGGGCUCAAUAGCAACCAAUGAUGCGGCCGAAUCGUCUGACCCCCUGGCCCCAAUUGACAGUAAUGGCACUAACAGCAACAUGGGCGGUGGAGGUCCAAAUCCUUCGAGAGGAGAGAAGUUUCAAGCUGUCGGUGGAGUGGUUAUGGGUAACCUGUUUACGAGCAGAGGGGGUGGCCUAGCUGUGAUAGUGAACGAUGAAGAAGCAGCGGAUGUGGUUGUGUUUGGGUGCGUGUUUCAGGAGAAUGGAGCUCUUGCGUUCGGUGGAGGGAUGUACGUUGGACUGGACGGGAAGUCUCAACACUCCGUGGUCAUCAACCAGACUGAGUUUCGCAAAAACAGUAGUCCAUCAACAGGGGGUGGUCUACACAUGAGCUUCCUGCGAGAAGGGGAGCGAGACUUUGAUAACAGGGUCAUCCUCGUUGACUCUCAGUUCCUCAACAACGAGGCUAACUACGGCGGCGGAGUCUAUUUCCUCCCCAUAGAUAUUGACCCCUCUACAGUACAAGGAGAUGCUCAGAUUGGUGUGUUUGUUCGAUUUGAGAGGUGCUUAUUUUUCGGCAACAUUGCACAAGAAGUGGGAGGAGCUUUCGGUGGGGCCUUCCGUAUCCUAGCCUUCAACACUAAACCACUAGAUUUCAUUGACUGUACGUUUGAGAGUAACAAAGUGGGCGAGGCUGGUGUGGUCAGUAUCGCCUUCUAUCCCAUCAACUUCCACGGUGACAACAAGUUCCUCAACAACAGAGGAGCCAGCCUCAGCGUGAUUAGUUCGCGUGUGAGUGUGUACGGCUCCCUCCUAUUCAAGGACAACAGUAAUAGUGAGAGUAGCGUGCAGGACCACGGUGCCAUGUACAUCACCUCACAGGGACAGGUGCAACUUAGCGCUGGAGCUACUCUCUCCUUUGUCAACAAUUCUGGAAUCACUGGUGCAGCUCUACAUGUGGAGGCCCCUCACGUACCACGACUCUUCUCCAAGCUCAGGGGGAACCCUCUUUGUGUGUUCCUCUUUGAGCAGGGCAGGCUCUCUCCUAACCUCUGGCACCUGAGGAAUUUGUCUGUGGAGUUCACUGGCAACCAAGCGUCCGUGGCAGCUGCUGUGUACAUCAAUAAUAUGGACCUCUGCUCCUGGAGCUCUUCCAGUCCUCCAUACUUCAACAGGGAGGGGGUCUUUCACUGGAACUUCAUCAAUCUCACUGACAAUGUCAACUAUUUCCACAACUACUCGACUGAAUCGCAAUGGGCUGUGCAGACUCCUGUAACCAGCCUGAACAUCAUGAGGAGGGAGGCGGAAGCGUUUCCUGGUGAAGUAUUUAACUUUCCUUUGGCUGGUUUUGAUGAAUUAAACACGGUCACUUAUGUUGGUGCAAGUAUAUCAGAUAACUCAAAUGAGGACUCAAGGUUUCAGUUCAGUCCCUCGUCUGUGAGCCUAGACCAGGUGAACAGAACCGCCCGCAUCUCCUACACUCUCCCCCAAGGUCUGACAGAGGGUCGAGUGAUGAGGGACGUCCGUGCUCUGAAUCUAUUCAAACCAAACAGACGCUCAGUGGUGAAGGAUUCCUUCACCGUCUCCACCAGACGAUGUCCACCAGGUUUGAUACUGAUGGACAUGUCGGGACUCUCUCGAUGUGUUUGUGACGUAGAAAGGCCUGAGAUUGUCACCUGUGAAGGAAGACUGAUCACUCUAAACACCCACUUGUGGGGGAGUAUUGACACUCGUCAGGCUCGAGACACGUCUGCCAACACCCUCCUGGCCCUCCCCUGUCCAGCCGGCUACUGUCAGUGUAGACUGGGGAGCAACUCAGGUCAGAGGGAGUGCACCUUUGUCUUGGAUCCUGAUGAACCAGACAGCCAGUGCAGCUGCAACAGAACUGGUGUGCUGUGUGGUGAGUGCCCUGAGGGGACUGGUCUCAGCGUCCUCCUCAGUCGAUGUGUGUCCUGUGAUUCACUAUUUGGCCUUCUCAUCCUCGCUCUGGUUAUUGUCGACAUGGCCAUUAUAAUAUUACUACUCAUCCUCAUGAAGCCCAUUCCACUGUGGUUCUACCCUGUCCUCUGUUACCUGCAGCUGCUCCCACACUUCACCGAGUACUUUCCCAUCACCUUUGAACUUGUUCGUCCGUACAUUAUCUUUGUUGCGAGUGCCCUGGGUCUCUACUUUCCCUACGAUUUCUGUCUCUCGUCUGAAAAUAAUGCAGUCGGUAAUUAUGCCCUUCGCUAUCUACCACCUCUGCUGGCUCUGGUUGUUAGCAUUGUUGUCAUUAUAAUAAGGUCCCGAGUUUGUCGUCCUUGCUCUUGGCACGGUGUCUGGUGGCUCGUGCUUCUCUUAUACACUCCACUCUUGCACACGUCCAUCUCCAUCCUCAACUGUCCCAUCAUAUCAGCACAAGACAACGAAAAUCCACUACCUAGGUGGCAAGUCAAUGGAAACAUGAAAUGCUUCAAUGGAACUCACAUACCAAUUGCUAUCUUGGCCAUACUAGUUCUGAUCUGUUGUGUUGCUCUGGUCCCCAUCUGUAUAUUGAUGUCCUUGAGUCAGAUCAAACGUCCGAGAUGGAUUAGAUUUCUAGAAGAGCCCUUAACGUGUGCAUAUAAAGACAGUUACAAGUGGUGGUCAGGAAUUGAGUUGGGAAAACGAAUUGUUCUUGUCUUGUUCGCUAUUGUCCUGCCCAACAAUGACUAUGCUGUGGUACUAACUUUGAUGGUGAUAAUUGCUGUCGGCAGCUACUGUCAACCAUAUAAGCAGCUGUUUGUCAAUGUAUUGGACUUACUUCUAGCCUGUGAUAUUCUUGUUAUGCUUAUGCUCCGAAAUACACCUUAUUUGGAGGACCAAUAUCAAGUGUUCGAAGAAACAGAAGUUGGUACAACAAUGGGUGAUGAACUAUGCAGUGAAAGAUUUACCGAAAUCACAAAGAUGGUCCUUGUUCUUACUCCAUUCUAUUACGUACCUCUGGCAGUGGGCGUGGCUGUGUUGACGUGCUGGUUACUUUAUCAUACCUACAAUUUAUGUACACAAUCAAAUUGUGCUCAAAAAGCAAAUUGUGUUCGAACAGAGGAGGAGGACACGCCUUACGAACGUAGAUAUUCAAUGAAGGAAGUGAGAGCACGCACACAAACUAUUGUUGACCUGAAGGAUUUAGAUCCUGAAACUCCAAAUGACGAAACUGAAAGAAAUUUUGAAAUGCCAACACAAAACUCAACUGUGAAACUUAUUUCUGCGGCCAACAAGAAACAAGAACAAACUAAUGGAGCAAGUACAGUAUCAGAAACUAAUAUUUAGAACAAUUCUGCACAUAAUUAAAAUGUAUAAUUAUAUUAAAUGUAUAUAUGCAUAUUUAUACCCACAAUACAAUUUCUAAAAUUUAGUGUCCAUUAAAAUCAACAAA